UGCGCGUUUUGGUGGUUUUUGAACACUUCCUGUUUUUUAAGCUCGAGCUGCAACGUGUAUGUCCCGUGGACUCACCCUGGGUUAACAGGCUGGGCAGGUGGUGUGUCGCAGCAGCGCAACUGUAUAAAUAUAUAUUUAUAUAUAUAUACACAGCUGCUUUUGAGGAGGAUACACCGUACGCUGUUAUCCCAUCGCGCUGUAUACCUUCUCGUUUAUUUGAGGAAGGAGGAAAUGAGGCCGAGUGUUGCGCUUUAAGGGUGCAGGAGAGAGGAAAGACAACCCGGAUUCAAACAGGUGUCCUGGUUGUGUCCCAUCAGCCCGAGACCCGGAGAAGAAAGAGAGGGAAAGAAAAGCUGACAAAAACGGACGCGGCGUAUAGUUUUUAUUUACCAACAAAAAGCGCUGUCAGUGAGUAUUAAUCCGCUAAUUUGAGGACGUGUCGUUUCUGGCCGUUCUUCGGUUCAACGGCGAUGGAGACCCGACAUCAAAACCAGGAGAAACGCGGCUUUUAAUAUCGGAAGUAUAUUAUUUUUUAAAGAGAGACAAACAGCCGUGUACCUCUUUUUCUUUCUUUAUCUGCGGUGAAAAAAAAGAGGAGGCGGUAGAAGAGGGGAGGCGGUGACUGACAUCCCCCACGGGACAGGCCGUCCGAUCCACGCUGCUAACAGGUGUGUCUGAAGAGGGCACCACGCUCCAAUCUGCACCGCCCGUUCAUCCGGUCGGCGCGUGCCCCCUCCCUCCCUGCCGCCACUGUCCCUUCUCGUGUCUCUCAUUGUUCCUGGAGAAAUUGCAUCCAAACAGGGGGCUGGUUUGGAGUUCAAUUUGCCAGUGAGCGCUUCUUCUUUUCUCGUUUCGGUCUCCUCGCAGCGGCCCAUUGGUGCGUAACGCCAAGAGAGGAGGAGGAUAUUCAAACGGCUUAAUUUUCAGACGUUAAUUUAAACAAGUGAGUGGGACUUUGUCGCGUGCUCCGGGUUCUUCUGUAGUAAUGGAGAGAGUUUAAAGGGUUUACAUUGUCGUUUCAGAGCUGAGGGGAAGAUUUAGUGAGAUUUAUUUCCUCCACCAGAGUGGAAGGUUUGGACUGAUUUCGCCCCCUGGUGAGGAGGCAGACAGCUACUGUGGUUUCGGUGACGUGCGCGAGCCAACCCGGACCCACAUUCCUGCCAAUUUAGCGGGACAACACACUGGGUCUUAUAAAAACGGACUCUGUCUUGUUUCAUCAUGACAACGAGGAAAGCCGGCAGUGUGGCGGACACGGUGACUACCACCUCCUCCAACAACCACCACCAGCACCAGUCGAGGAGCGGGAGUCCCAACAGCGGCGUCCAGGCGUCCGAGGCGGCGGGCGGAGGGGCGGAGAUGUUCAGUGAAUUUCAGGACUGGUGCUUGCGGACGUACGGGGACUCCGGCAAGACCAAGACCGUGACCCGGCGUAAAUACCACAAAAUCCUCCAGACCCUGAUCCAGGGGGACGAGGAGAACAGCAACGGGGUGUUCAUGCACGAGAAAAGCAACAACCACAUCAACGCCAAAUUCAAAUUCUGGGUCAAGUCCAAGGGCUUCCAGGUCGGGACGCUGCAGGACAGCAAGAACGGGUCAUCGGACAGACCGGUGCUGUACGUUCCCAUCAAGGCGACGUGUGUGGAUGGAGUCUCGGGGGUGGACUCGUCCAUGAAGCGUGUGGCGGUGGUGGAGGAUUUCUUCGACAUCAUAUAUGCCAUGCAUGUUGAGAUCAGCACCGACCCCAGCAAAGCCCCGAAGCACGCCGGCCAGAAGAAGACCUACAAAGCUAUAGCCGAGACGUACGCCUUCCUGCCCAGAGAGGCGGUGACCCGUUUCCUGAUGAGCUGUGGAGAGUGUCAGAAGAGGAUGCACAUUAGCACCACAGGACAGGACUACAAAGAGAACGACAGGCCGAGCUCUCUGGUGCUGGAGGUGAUCGACUACAACAUGCCUCUCACCACCACCUACAUGAAGCACAUGAAGCUGCAGUGUAUGAGCAACAACAAGGAUGACGGUUCACUGAGCAGCGAGGAGGAGGCAGAGAUGAGCGAGCCCACAUGGCUAGCAGCUGAUGUGGGAGCAGCGUCUGACCUGAGCUCGCCAACCCGAGGAGAGAGGAUGCGCAAUAGUCCCCAGAACACACACAGCAAGGAGGAUGACGAGGAUUCCUCAUCAGAGAGCGGCAGUGGAAAUGGCCUGCCUGCCCUGACCCCUCCCUCCUCCACUGUAACAAACGGCACCAUAGUCAGGGAAACAGAGGUCAUCAAUGGGAACGGUGGCCCAGCCCCACUAGACUUCAGCACGCCUACUUCCUCCUCCUCCUCGUCCGAGGACCAGCAGCCGAUGAACCUCAGUGACCCUCCCCCUCAGCACCUGCCCCUGUCCUCAUCACAUCUGCCCGUCACUGUGUCGGCUGCGGCUGCGGCGCUGCUCGGAGCUCUACAUCCCAGCGCGCCCGAGGAGCUCCGCAGGAAGUACCCACUGGCUGCCAAACCUCCCCUGGCUCCACACCCUGCCCUGCCUCUCCCGCUGCCGCACACACAUAAUGCACACACUCCCAACACACACUCCCAGUCCCACACACACACUGCAGAGCUGCGAUUGGACCGAGAUGGCAGGGACUACGGGGGCAAGUCCCCCCAGUUCAGUUCGGGGGGCAGUUACGACAGCGUGAAGAUGGACUUGGGUGCCGAGGACCUGACAACAGGGCGCCAGGGUGCCCCUGAUGAUGAUGACGAUGACCAUGAUGACCACGAUGACAACGACAAGAUCAACGACACAGAGGGAGUCGACCCGGAGAGACUAAAGGCCUUUAAUAUGUUUGUGCGUCUGUUUGUGGACGAGAACUUGGAUCGGAUGGUUCCCAUCUCUAAACAGCCCAAGGAAAAGAUCCAGGCCAUCAUCGAGUCCUGCAGCAGACAGUUCCCAGAAUUCCAGGAACGCGCCCGCAAGCGCAUCCGCACCUACCUCAAAUCCUGCCGACGCAUGAAGAAGAGUGGCAUGGAGACCCGUCCUACCCCACCUCACCUUACCUCAGCCAUGGCUGAGAACAUCCUGGCUGCCGCCUGCGAGAGCGAAUCACGCAACGCAGCAAAGAGGAUGCGCCUUGAUGCCUAUCAUGACGAGCAGAUCUCCCUGGACAAGCCGUCCGGUGGUGGAGGGGGUCUGAGGGAACCGGCGUCGUUGGCUCACUCCGCCUACUCCUUGGCCGCAUCCGCCUUCUCCUCCCAGGACUCCCAGCUCUACAUCAAUGGAGCUGGCCUUAGCUAUGGUUACCGUGGAUACCCGGGGCUGGGCGCUGCCAUGCAACACCCCGUUUCCCUGACGACCGGCGCUGCUGCUCAGAGCAACGGCCCCACAGACCUCAGCAUGAAAUCUCUCUCCUCUGCCAACAUCAGUAACUCCACCUCCUCAGCCUCCACCAACAACAGCCUGGGUGGGCGGGGCAGUGGGGGUGGAGGAGGGGGCGGGUCGUCGACCCAGCUCAGCCAACCGGAGAUCACGGCCGUGCGUCAGCUGAUUGCCGGCUACAGAGAGUCAGCUGCCUUCCUGCUGCGCUCGGCAGACGAGUUGGAGAACCUCAUCCUGCAGCAGAACUGAUUCAGGGGGAACAUGGCAGAACACAAACACACACACACACACACACACACAAACACAAACACAUUUCCCAUUAUGUUUGUUUUGUGUCCGCCUGCGUCCCUUGUCUUUCCUGAACGAAGCAGAACCCCCAGACCUCUUGUUUUUGCGGUUCCCUCCUUCAGAACCUGUGCGCACUAUUUAUUUUCUUGAGGAAAAAAGUGGGAAACUGGGAUAGAGGGAGGUAGACCAAUCCCACACCCCCAUCCCCAAAACAAUCACCCACAACCUCAAGCCAUUUAUUCUGCCUGAGAAAAAAAGGAACAUUUGGUCUCUGAAGUAAUCUCUUCCUCUCCUGUCUGGAAGCACCUCACAAUCAGCACUACACUAGCGAAGGAGGGUGGAGGAGAGAAAGAGAGAAGGAGGAUAAAAGAGGAGUGUAGCUUGGACGAAGAGUGACUGUAAGGCUGUUGAUUCUGCUGCUGUGGUUCAAGAAGAAAAAGACUUUGCCUCGUUGUGGAUGGAGAAGUUUUUGAGUUUUGCUUGACGGGAGACCCAGCCAACGCCAUCGAUUCUAACAAUUUAAAAAAUAAUAAAUAUUGACUCCCUGAA